UACAUUUCUUUUGAUUCAUUCAAUAACAAACAACAAGGAAAAAUAAACAAUUUUUAUUAUUUUUCUGAUAAUUAAUGUGACUUAUAUUAAUAUUAAUUAAUUUAUAUACUUUUACAACGUUUUUAACCACUGGUGCACAAAUAAGUUACGCGUUAUAUUAUUGCGUCUUUCACAUAAAAUAGUAUGAACAUAAAAAGUAUCCAAUUAAGUUGGGUAUUCCUGAGUUUUUUGGUAUUAGUGAAUUCAAGCUUGCACCCUGUGGUCUUUAUACCUGGGGACGGAGGUAAUCAGUUGGAAGCUAAGUUAAAUAAGAGUGAUGUCAUCCAUUACAUCUGUGCAAAAACCAGUGACUAUUUUAAUAUAUGGCUUAAUAUGGAGUUGCUCGUUCCCAUUGUGAUCGACUGCUGGAUUGAUAAUAUUAAAUUGAUUUAUGAUAAUGUGACCAGGACCACUCAUAAUCCUCCUGGGGUUGACAUUAGGGUACCAGGAUUUGGUAAUAGUGAAACAGUAGAAUGGAUAGACCCCAGCCAUGCAGCCACAGGGUCAUACUUCAAUAACAUAGCGGACAUUCUGGUUUCAAUGGGUUACACUAGAAAUGUUAAUAUUAGAGGUGCACCCUAUGAUUUCAGAAAAGGGCCAAAUGAGAACCAAGACUAUUUUGUAAGAUUAAAAAAGCUUAUAGAAGAAACUUAUGAGCAAAACAACCAAACCUCUGUUAUGCUUAUCGUUCAUUCUAUGGGCGGACCAAUGUCGUUGUAUUUUUUACAAAAACAGUCUCAAGCAUGGAAGGAUAAAUAUAUAAAAAGAUUGAUCGCCUUGAGUGGAGCCUGGGGUGGAUCUGUCAAAGCAGUAAAAGUUUACGCUAUAGGAGAUGAUUUAGGCUCUUAUGUACUUCGUCCGAGCACAAUGAGGGCAGAACAAAUCUCUCAACCAAGUACCGCAUGGCUACUACCAUCACCACUUUUUUGGAAACCGAAUGAAGUACUGGUGCAAACUGAUAAAAAGAAUUUCACUCUCAGCAACUUAAACGAGUUCUUUAAUGCAAUUUCAUUCCCUGAAGGUUGGGAGAUGAAAAAGGACCUGGAUCCUUAUAAGGUUCAAUUUGAACCUCCUGGAGUCGAGAUUCAUUGUUUGUAUGGGACUGGUGUAGAUACUGUUGAACGGUUAUACUAUAAACCUGGCACCUGGCUGGACGGCAGUCCCACCCUUAUAACCGGAGACGGUGAUGGUACGGUUAACCUACGUUCGCUACAAGGUUGCCAUCACUGGCAAACCCUGCAAAAGCAAAAAGUGUUUUACCAACCCCUACCGAAAACCGACCAUUUGGAAAUCCUGCGCAGCAACUUAACUAUGGAAUAUGUGGCGGGUCUGGUAAAAGCGGACGAGCCAGCGUUAAAAAAUUUCCAAAUACCAACGCCAAAGCAUCGCACAAGUUCGUUUCUAAGAAAAUUAUGGAAUUUAAGGAGGAAAAAUAAAAACGAAGUGUUGCCAAUAUGGCCCCCGGAGGUGUUGUAUAUUAAUGAUGUUUAAGUUUUUUUUUAAUUGACGCUUGCCAUUAUUAAGUUUAACCAGUUUAAGGAUUGUAACAAAGUCUCGUCUAAAAGCAGUUUUUUUGUGAUUCUAACAUGAUAUUAGUAUUAGUUAUUUAAUGACUUACAGAAUCUAAUUUUUCUUAUUUUUUUUUAUUUAAUAUAUUUUGUGCAGAGGUGUGAUACAAAGAAUUUUGUGUAUAUUUACUUACCUGUAUUUACAAGCAGAAGGAACUCACUUAACCAUCAAGCUGGUAAUAAAAAUAAACAUUUUUAAACAAAUAGUAAUAUAUUAAUUUUUAACACUGA